AUGAGCGAGGAGACGGUGUUCGAGGAUUUGCUGGAGCGCUGGGCACAGAAAGCUCAGCAGUUCUACGACGAACGCCAUGGGCAUUUGCUCAGCUCCAUGGACAAGCUGCGGGAACAGGUGCAGCGCUUGGCGGAUGCAUUGCCGUCGAAUGAGAUCUUGGACAUGCAGCAGCAGGUCGUGAGGCUGAAAUCAGAGCCUGACGAUGGGCCUAAAGACGCCUCGAGGAGGAAAUCCUUACAGUCCUUCGCCAACAAGAAGAAGGGGAAGACAGCUUCCGUGUUCAGCUUGGCAGAGAUGGAGUCCGCCGUUCUUCAGGAGUUGGUGGACAUCCAUCCCCUCUCUGCGGCCACGCGGAUGCGGACAGAACGCUCAGAAGCGCAGUCCGUGGGAUCUGAGUCCAUCGUGCCGCGUCCCAGCCGCACGCUGCACACGAGCAGCGCCCGCCCUGGAAGCCCCAAGUCUCUGCCGGACAACCUGCCCGGCCUUGUGGGGGAGGAUGAGAUCGAGGAGCGGCAGAACGAAUUCGCCGGGGAUUCCACCAAGCUGCGGCUGAUGAACCAAAGGUCCCAGACGCGAAUCCUGGACGGCUGCGCGGACCAAGAGACGACCAACGUGGACUUGGACAUAGGCUCGAAGCUGAUCAACGCUCUUCCUAUCUUUGUCUACGUCUUGAUGGGCUUCAUGUCGGCCUGCCAAAUCUCUCUGGCGGUGUCCUGCGGCUUCCUGGACUGCCCAAUCCAUGAGGACUGGCGCCUGCAUCUGGCUAUGAUGCCCAGUAUUUUGACGGCCCUCUCGGCCGUCUUGUGCCUCUAUUUUUUGAGGAGGGCCUUGCAGUCGGAGGACCUGAAUUUAGCCAUCAGCCGUCUCCACCACUUCGUGGCGGACUUUAAGCUGCAAUGGAGCGAGGUUUCGGGCCAGGAGCGCUGCAAAUACGUGGUGGCCUGGGCUACGGCCACGGCCACUGUUGUGGUGACCCAGUGCCUCACCGUGUUGCACGUCUUGGAUGGCCAACAUGGGGAGUUCAAGGCAUUGUUCUACGUCGAGGCGGUGGUGUCAGUAUGCUCCUUCGCGAUAUCUAGCGGCAUAAUAGCUGCGGCCGCACAUGCGCAGAGUCACCUGCUCCACGGCCUGGACAAGACUUUGGACUGCUGGUGCCGCCAGAUUUUGACCUACCCCGACUUCAUGGUUGGAGUGGAGAGCUGGAACGCCAUGCAGGCCCUCCUUAAGUGCGUGGGCCGCGAGCUAGCCAGCAGCUUCCUGGCUCUCCAAGCACUGGGCUCUAUCGGCUUGGUGCUGUUCCUCGCCAAUGGCGUGGUCUUGCUCUUUCAGAACGAGGUGCCUGACGCGCUAUUGCUCAUCGAAGUACUUUCGUCGCUUCCCUUGCUCUUCCUUUUUCUGCUGAGCCUCCGGGUAUCCGCGCACGGGGCAGCGCUCACGGAGAAGUGCCGCGCGAUCCCGCCGUUCGUGAACCAAAUCCCCACCUCAGCGUCGAUCGACCAGGACCGGCAGUAUCUCGUGCGCUUUAUUCAGGACAGCUCAGCUGGGUUCUUCGUGCGGGACGUGAAGCUGACGCAGGAAAUGUUCAUGAAGCAAGUUUACAUCUUCGGGGUGCUGCUGUCAGCGUCGCUGAGCAUUUUGCCCCGAUUCCUCUUGAGAGCGUAG